UUGCCAUGCUGCUGUUUAGCUGCUACCUUCAACUUUACGACUUGACAUGCGGCAUCGCAUGCGGUGAUUCAAAAAUAUAGUAUAAUGGGUGAAUUUCAUUUGAUAACUGAAUGUAUAUUGAUUUUCUAACGUGAAUUCUAGAAAAGUCGUUAUUAUUUUACGCACAACAAUGCCCGCAGGUCGUUUUAAUUAUACCGAAGUUUGGCGGAAGUAUAAAAAAUGUCAAGAGGUUAUAGACAGUUUUACAGACUUUGAAAGUUCAGCCGAAUCUCCAGUAUAUACCGAUCAGAAUUUGGAAAUUAAUAUUAAAAAAUUAAUUUCCUGGAUGCAAUCGCAUCCAAGUUGCGUUGAAUAUAUGAGUCUUAACAAAAUGCUUGCUAUAUCUUGUCUGAUGGAUGACAGAGAAGUAGAAGCCAUUUAUCACUUGAUCGAAUCUCAUGCUGUUCUGCUACACCUCCAAGUACAGCAUCGAUACAAUAAAACACAGGAGCGACAAAUGUUGCUGGAAGAACCACAAACAUUUGGACUUAAUCCUGCCUAUAUAAAAUUUAACAGUGAUGAAGAAGUGAAAGAUUGUGCAUCUACUGUGACAGACAGAUUAAAAGAAUUUCCAGAAGAGUGGUACAUGGUCCAGCUGACGGCACAAUAUGAAUCUAGUAAAAGUUCAAUUUAUAACACGUCUGAAAUGAUUGGUAUGGUUCCUAUUCACAUAUCAGUACUACCUACGGGACAAAAUGGAAUUCAUCCCUUUUGUAUAACUGUUCCAAAGCCCAAACUAAGCACAAAUUAUGACGUUUGCAAAGAGAUACGUGAUAUUUUAAGUAGCAAUAGGAUGGAUUUACAGGCAACUUAUGCUAAUCACCGUUUGUAUUGGAAAAUGCGAGAUAAACAAAAUAACAGGAUGAAAAUGGCAAUUUGUGAAUUAGAAUCUACAUGGCUUAGGGAGUGGAGAGUUCUUUUGAUUGCGGAUCCUAUAGAAGAUUUGAGUGUAGUAAAAGAUGUGCGGGAAAUGAUCAACAAGCUUAUUACAGACAAUAAAUCAUCGAAUUGUAUAUCAGAACGUACUAGGUGGCUACUCCAUAAAAUAGCACUGGGUGCUUGCUUUCUGACAAGGACAGAAAUUGCUUUAGCAAUUAAAUAUAUUCUGCCACUCGAUGAAAAACUUUGUGAUAGUAUAAUAUUGUCUAUCUAUGGUAAAUUGAACAGCCUCACUCCACUGAUGUCAGUCAAGCGAAAAACUUUGGUUUUAAUUAUAGAUGAGAUACUUGACCACAUUCCAUUCGAAGUCAUGGAUGUUCUUACAAAUCAUCCAGUAACACGUUUUCCCUCACUACACAUGGCAUAUGCACUGUACAAAGAACAUGAAGAAACGAUCGAAAAUGGUUGUAAGGUUAUAAAAAUCGGAAAAAACAAUGGUAGCUUUAUGGUCAAUCCAUCAGGAAAUUUACCCGAGCUUGAGAAACGUAUGAAAUUGUUCAUUGAGUACUGGCUACCACAUUGGACAGGAACUUAUAAUAUUCAACCAGAUGAAAAGAGUUUUGAAUGUGCUUUAACCAACUAUGACAUAUUAAUGUAUAGUGGACAUGGAAGUGGAAUACAAUACUUAUCAGGGGAGAGAAUCGAGAAAUUACGAGUAAAGGCUAUUGUUCUCUUAUUUGGCUGUGGGAGUGCAAAGCUGUGGUCAGUAGGUGGAAGGUUUCCACCGAUUGGAGUCUCCAACCAAUAUCUUAUAGCAUGCAGUCCUUGUAUAUUGGGUAUGCUGUGGGAAGUCACUGACGGUGAUGUAGAUAGACUGACAGCAAAUUUGAUGGGAAAUUGGAUUCCUUCGCCAGCACCACGGCCUUGGUCAGAGGUCAAGAUGAAUGAAUGGUCUAAUGGAAUAUUGGCAUUCAAGAACAUGGAUUUGGAAAAUGGCAUUUCAACAAUGUCUCUAUCUGAAUCAAGACCUUGCAAAACAUCGGUAGAACCAGAGAUGCUGCGGGCUUUAGCUAAGUAUAGAGGAUCAUGCUCCCAGUACAUGACAAUGGCUGCAGUUGUGGUCCGUGGACUUCCUGUAAGACUAAAGUGAAUAUAAAUUUAAUAAUUGUGGAACUAAUUGAAAAACAUAUUUAAUUAAAUUACUGCACCACACCAAAUCCGAAUCUUCAAUGGAUUAGAUCAAGGUUUUAAAUUGAUCAAACGUUGUUCAUAUAUAUACCAAAAAUGGCAUCACUCUAUAAGAUUUUUAUAUUUUCAUGCUUUUCCAUAAAUAUUAUUCUAUUGAAUUUAGUGCAUUUGUAUCAUAAGCAAAGAUCUCGAAAGUGAAUAUAAAUAUUGAAUCUCGAAUCGAUUUGAAAUUUUUGCUGUGCUAUAACUGAAUAUUUUACUUGUAAACUUUGAGUCCGAUGAAACACAAAAAUGGUUGCAAGUGUUAAAACGUAUAUGAGAUAUAAUCAGGAAAUCCUUUCAUUCAGGAAUUAAAAUUAGUAAGUGUGCCCGGAUGUUGUAAAAAAUGCAAUGGUUUAUCGUUAACAUGAAGUGUUGGAUUUACUACAAAUAUGCACAUGUUAUUCUCUGUUAAACAUAUUAAAGAAGGUAAUUUAUAGGCCAAGAAAAUUUGAAUUAAUCUUUAUAUUUUACUUUUCCAAAAAGUAGAAAGCAUAAGGGUACAAAUACGUCAAAAUACUAUUCGAAUAUUUUGGGUUAAUAAUUUUAGUGCUAUAUAAUAUUUACAAAAUAAUUUCCACAUUUAAGAUAGAUCACAUGAUAAUCUGAGGUUCGGGCACUGAAGUGGCUAUACUUUUGUGAGGUAAGACCUGUCCACCGUUGAUGUACAAUUCAUCUUUAACUAUCACAUCUUCACCCAACACAGUUGUACCCUCCAUUCGAACCCAUCGUCCAACCACACUUCUCCAUCCGACUAUGCAUCUGUUUAACAAACAAAUAUUUU